UUUUGUUAUUUUUCACGUCCAAGUCAUUUCAAUUUCAAAGUAGUAAAUUUCAUUUCAUGAACAAAUGAUGCAUUGCACGUAGUGGGUUAUCCACCACUCCCAAAUAAGAAUUGUAACCGUGAUCGGUAUACUGUUUUCUUCAUUUACGCCGUCAGCAAGUUGUCAACAAUAAGUCAUACUUUAGUGUUUUGCGAAUUAGCGAAUCAUCGUUGCAGUCUACCCAAUUUGAGAAAUGUACAAAAUUAAAAGAUCCAUUACAUGAGCUGGCCAGUUGUUCGCACAACAAGGAAGAAGAUCAAUAAGUCCCUAGUUGUACUAGGAAUUGACUUCUUGUGGUUUAUUAUGGAAUCAUCAGGAGAAACAUCGGAGUUGCAGCAGCUGGUUUCCAGUGAUGCAGAAAACGAUGAUAGCACAGUGCAAGAAGACACAGCAGAAGGGAAAAUAGUAUCACCAAUGAGAAGCACUAAAGUAUUUUCUUCAUCAGCGAAUACAAGUCAUAGCUCAUUUACAAGAUCUGCAGGCAAAGGAAAUAUUGCUCCUAUGUUGGGUGGUUCCAAAAUUUCUUUUAUUAAUGAGAGAAAAUUAACAAGAGAUCCUCCAAAGUCUGGUGUUGUCAGACCAAGAAAUGCUCAUAAAGAACUCCCUAAAACAGAUAUCCACCACCAUUCUUUUAUAUCCCAAGUGCCUGAUGUUCGACACAUGGAAAGAGCUUUGUUAGAUCUGCUAGCCGAUUUUCAUUCUGGAAAACUUAAGGCAUUUGGAGGUGACUGCACAAUGGAACAAAUGACAAAUAUUAGAGAACAACAAGAAAAAUUAGCCAAACUGCAUUUUGAUUUAGGAGGAGCAGCUACAGCACCAUCAUUAAAUGAUGAAAACCUUAAAAGUUCGCAAAAUACAAUGAGCCAAUUAAUUCAAAGGCUGGAACAGUUGAGUGUUUCUAUUGAAGCUUUACAUAGCAAUAACAGCAGCUGAUAUGUGUUUUAUGUGAUCAAUUUCUUGUAAUUUAAUUAAAUUUAUUGAUAGUAAAA